AUACUGAGCUAAUUGAAUUCUUUGAGAAUUCAUUCUUUCUGGGGUUUAGCCAUGGCACAACAAGAUGAUCAUCUCUCCGUCACCUUAACCAUCACUGGUGGAAAGGUGAGAUCCGAGAUCACAUGCCCAGUGUCCUCCACCAUUGUUGACCUCAAGCAGAGGAUCAACACCCUUCAGGGCAUUUAUGUUCCAAGGCAAACUCUCUACUACAACGGGCAAGAGAUGCAGAACAAUCUCCAGCUCAAGGACUAUAAUGUCCAGCCAUCUUCUGAAGGUGGUCUGGUUGUGGAACCAUACUGUGGAGAUGAAAAACUCCCUAUUCAGGUGGUGGACAGGGCUGCUGAAGCCACUUAUUUUGUUAAUGUGAAGGAAACAAUACAAGUGGACUAUUUAAAGCAGAAAGUUCAGAGGCGAAUUCAUCAUGGAAAGUGCACUACUCUCACUCAGUUGGGGCUGGUGAUGCAGAGUAGCUUUCCACUCAACGCACAAAUUAUGUCAAUGAUCGUUCAGUGAUUGAAGUUACAGUAGAACCUCGUUGAUAUUUGGUAGUAAUUAAAGAUUAUUAAUUAAU